AUGCCUGUUCAUUCCACACACACCUGCUCUCUCCCCUCCUGCUCUCCCUCCUUCCAGGUCAGGCCGUACCUCAAGGCCUGGCCGUACCUCAAGGUGCGUCCAGCGCUGCACAGGUUGCGCCUGCUCUCUGCUGCCAACGCUCGUUUCUUCAACCUCUCCUUUGUCUGCGCCGAUCGCCGCGACUACCCCAACUUCUACCCUCCUUUAAAAGGGAGCAAAGUGAAAUUUGCCCAGAUAAGCAGUGAUGCAGGUUAUCUCGUCCGCCCAUCCUACGUCCGCUCCCUGCUACUUGCACCAGGCGAGCGAAAGGACAUUCUCGUGGACUUCUCCUCGCUGCCCUCCGUCUGCCGGGACGUGAUUGUAACGAAUUCGGCUCCCUCGCCCUUCCUAACGGCACGCCUCCGGGCAGUCACACGGGGGUG